AUGGCUGAACGCGCUCCUCCCCUCCGUCUUGGCUCUACUGCCCCCGACUUUGAUGCUGAGACCUCCAACGGUCCCAUCAACUUCCACAACUUCAUCGGUGACAAGUGGACCAUCCUCUUCUCCCACCCCGAUGACUUCACUCCCAUCUGUACCACCGAGCUCGGUGCCUUCGCCAAGCUUGAGCCUGAGUUCACUGCUCGCAACACCCAGCUUAUCGGUCUGAGUGCCAACAACACUGAGAGCCACCACCGCUGGAUCAAGGAUAUCGAUGAGGUUACCGGCUCCAACCUGAAGUUCCCCAUCAUCUCCGACCCCGAGCGCAAGGUUGCCUACCUCUACGACAUGGUUGACUACCAGGACACCACCAACGUCGACUCCAAGGGUCUGGCUCUGACCAUCCGCUCCGUCUUCAUCAUCGACCCCGCCAAGAAAAUCCGUCUGACCUUGACUUACCCCGCCUCCACUGGCCGUAACACCGCUGAGGUCCUCCGUGUUCUCGACGCUCUCAAGACCACCGAGAAGCACGGUCUCACCACCCCCAUCAACUGGCUUCCCGGUGAUGACGUUGUCAUCCCCCCUACCAUCAGCACCGCUGAUGCUAAGGCCAAGUUCGGCGAGAUCCGUGAAGUCAAGCCUUACCUUCGCUUCACUAGCCUCAAGGAAUAA